CCGCCAUGGCCGCGGGGCCCGUGCGGGGCCGGCGCGGGGCGCUCGGGCCGGGGGGAGCCGGAGAACCGGAAUGUAAGCGAGUGUGCCAGCUGCUGGACACCCUUCCACGGGAGGCUGCAGCCCAGCUCAUGGACUGUGCCAUGGAUUUGGAUUCCAGGCAGAAAUUCCUGCCUGACCCUGCUCCCUGGGCUGCAAGGACAAAGCACAAUUCCGUGAUUUUGGAAAAUCACGGGAGCAAAGGCUCUGCCCAGCCCUGCCCGAGAUGUGUUGCUGGAGAAUCUGGCCACUUCAGUCACAUCCUGGACUUAUAGAACUGGAGAGGGAGCAGAGGAGCAGCUCUGAUGAUUUCUGAUUUCCUGCUGGGAUCCCCAGGCUGCUCCUGGAUCCUGGAUCCUUCCUCAGCACUCCCACCCUGCCCUGCUGCCACUCACCAAAAGCUGCAAUUCUGCACCUGCUCAGCAUGUGCUGCUCCUCAGGUAGCUCAGGAUUUGUGUAAAAUGGACAAAAAAAGGCUGAUUUCAUGUAUUGAUAACUCAGAAUUUGUCUAAAAAGGACAAGAAAGGCUGAUUACAUUUUUAGGUAACUUAGAAUUUGUCUAAAAAGGACAAGAAAAGGCUAAUUUCAUGUUUAGGCAGCUCAUAAUUUAUCCAAAAGGACAAGAAAAGGCUGGUUUCAUGUUUAGGUAGCUCAGGAUUUGUCAAAAAAAACACAAUAAAAGGCUGAUUUCAUGUUUAUAUAACUCAGAAUUUAUCUAAAAGGACAAGAAAAGGCUGAUUUCAUGUUUAGGUAACUCAGAAUUUGUCUAAAAAGGCCAAGAAAAGGCUGAUUUCAUGUUUAUGUAACUCAGAAUUUAUUUAAAAGGGACAGGGAAAGUCUGGUUUAAUGUUUUAGACUGGUGAAGUUGAGCUGGCCUUGGGCCCAGCCUUCACCUUGCUCUGGGCCAGGGGUUUUGUUCAUUCCAGAAGUUUCCCACCAGUCCUGACUCCCUGGGAAAAUUCUCCUUUGGAAAAUUCUCCUUGUGCAGGGCACAGGCAGGGAUGGGGGGGACACCAAUUUUAAUUUUUGAGUGGUUUUGCAGCUGUGAAGUGCAGGAAAAAUCCCAUUGAAGCUUACAUUUAAAUUAAAAAAAAAAAACCUGUUUGAAAAGGCUUGAGCUCAUCAUGCAGCACACAUCUAAUGGCAGGGUAAUUAACCUCUGCAGGGUUAAUUUUGGGGUCUAUCAGGCUGCAGAGUCCUCAGGCAAAGGUUUUUUGCAGUCCUUGAACCUUCCCAUGUUGUGUGUGGAGUUGGAGUUAGCACCGAGUUGAGUGUUGUUAAGGAGAGAUUCUCAUUAAAUAAAUUAAUAUCAUAUAAACACUGAGUUUAAUUAGGUAAUGCAUGAGGAAAUAAGUCUAAAAGCAGACUUGCACUUAAUUGGCAUUCAGAUUUUGGUUAAAAAAAAAAAUAAAGCUCCUUCAAGCCAAUAAAAAUAUUAGUUAAAUUAAGAAUAAAUACUUUCAACUUAGUAUUAACAUACUUGAUACUAAGAUCUGGGGGUCAGAGUUCAUUUUUACAUCCCCAAUCCUGGUCCUUUAAAAAUCCUGGUCCUUUAAAAAUCCUGGUAUUUUAAAAAUCCUGGUAUUUAAAGCAUAUUAAAAAAAAAAAAAAAGAUGGAUAAGCAGCAGUUUCUAUGCUGGAAAAGCUGAAAUAUCUGAUUAAAUAUAAAGGGCUUGCAGGGUUUAAUUCCUGCAAAAGCACUCAGAGCCUCAGGUGUGACAAGUAACAAUUGGGACUGGCCAGAAUUUGGUCAAAUAUACUCAAAAGUGGGGGGCACCAAACCUGGGCUUUUCUGAGAUGGGAGAGUUUCCUGAACACAUCAGCACAAGUAUGGAUCGAGUGUGAAGCACAGGGAAUGUGUGGAUUAUCAACCCAAAGAAGUGUUUUUUUCCUUAAAUAAUUCAAUUUUACCAUGUUAAAUAAUUCAAUUUUAUCAUGUUCAGGAGUUCACAGAUACUUGUGUCAGUAUUUCCAAGCACCAGCUGCUUCCUUUCUGGUUUUCCUUCUGUCCUGCUGGAAUUGUUUUAAAUUUUCCUGCUUUUCCAGCAGCCUUUGCAGGUUUUUUUAAUUUUUUAAAAUUUUUUUUUUGUCCUGCUAAAUCCCAGGGCUGGAGGAUGUUGAUGGGGUUUCUGGGAUCCCUUUGGUUCCUGAAUCCUGAGCAAAGCAGCAAAACUUGAUCCCAGAUUUUGGGACAUCCCCACCCUGUCCCAGUGCCUGGGCAGGUUUUGGGAAUUUGGGACUUUGGGAAUUCCUACAAAUGUUUGAGGGGAGUGAUCCCAAACAGGGAUCUCCAGGAGCACAGGGGAAAGCAGAGCAAUAUAUUUUGAUAUUUCAAUCAAUUUAAAAAAACAAAAAAAUAAAAAUCUGUGCCAGGCUCUGCCCACCCUGCAGAAAUAAAGGAAAUAUUUAGGAAAUAAAUUCACAUUUCAGUUCAUUCUGGGGGAAUUACCCCAGCUGCAACCCCUGGAGCUGCUGCCCUGACUCCUCCUCAGCCCUUCUGGAUUUAUUCUGAAUAAACCACAUGGAGCUGCUCACAGACACCUCCUCCUCCCUGGUUUUUUCCCCAAAUGGGGAGGCAGAUGCUGCUGGAGAAAUUUCAAAGUGAACUUUUCCUCUUGGAUGUGAUUCCUUGCUCUGUGUUUUCCAACAGGGCAAAAAAUGCUUUUUUUAAUCAGUCAGGCUGGAAAAAAAUUGGGGUUUAAUUGUCUGCUCCACUGAAGGCUUUUAAUAGUGAUAUUUUUUUAAAUAGAUGUGUUUAUAAUUUAUUUUGGGAUUUUGCAGGAUCAUAAAGAGGGCACAGGCUGGGGCAGUGAAUAUUCCUUUAAAGCAGAUUUGUGUCAAAUCUGCAGUGGAACCACAGAGUUAUUUUUGUAUGCCUUGUAGAACUCUGAAAUUUUGUUUCCUUGAUGAAAAAAAUCUAUCAGUUUUCUAUUUCCUACUGCUGUGGUUUGUACACAGAAUAAGCAGAGUGAUGCUUUAUUUACCUGCACACAGAGAGAAAGGCCCCUGGCCUGGUUUUAAUUCAGGUUUAGAGGAUCUAAUUCUUAUUUUUAACUUUGUAUUUUGUAAAUUGUUCCUUACAAAAGCAGAAGCAUUAAACACCACUUUGGCUGCA